AUGGAGCAUCACAAAUUGGGUGUCGUGCCUAGCGGCGUCGAACUGGGUGCUGCCAUUACACUAUCUGCUGUCGUGGUAAAAGAAGCUCGGUACAAAAGACUCUGCAAAUCAAAGAAGAUUUUGACAGUGAAUGGAAAAUUUCCUGGCCCAACUCUGCAUGUUCACAAAGGAGAUACUAUUCUUGUCGACGUUUAUAACAGAGGAAUAUAUAAUAUCACCAUUCACUGGCAUGGAGUGAAGCAGCCAAGGAAUCCGUGGUCAGAUGGUCCUGAAUACAUCACUCAGUGCCCAAUCAAACCUGGCCACAGGUUUACUGAAAAGGUCAUAUUUUCCGAAGAGGAAGGGACUCUAUGGUGGCAUGCACACAGCGACUGGUCACGGGCCACCGUGCACGGUGCUAUAGUCAUCCAUCCCAAGCAUGGCACUAGCUACCCUUUUCCAAAGCCCCUUGGAGAAGUGCAGCUCAUAUUUGGGGAGUGGUGGAAGGCAGAUGUAAUGCAGGUCUAUAGGCAAUUUAUGGCAUCAGGAGGUGCCCCAAAUAUAUCUGACGCUUACACUAUAAAUGGGCAGCCGGGUGUGCUAUACCCAUGCUCAAAGCGUGACACCUACAAGCUGAAGGUUGAAUAUGGCAAGACUUACCUGCUACGCCUAGUGAGCGCUGCAAUGAACGAGAUCCUCUUCUUUGCCAUCGCAAACCACAAUCUCACAGUUGUUGGAGCCGAUGCAAGCUACACGAAGCGAUCCACAAAUGACUAUGCGCCAUAG